ACGAACUGUUCGGCAAAUAAGAACGGAAAAUAUUACUGAUUCUAUCAACUUGAUUUCGACAUUGGGCAGAUUUUGGCGGUAAAAAGUAGUGCAUUCGUUAUGUUAGCUUGGACCGAGCCAUCACAUAAACCACCAUGUCUGAUUAUGGAACCAAAGUAUUUAAAUGGGUUCACUUCAACAUCUCGACUACCGAUCAAUAUCGUUUUGCUUUCGUUUUUUGUUAUUAUUAUUUUAAUUUCUUGAGCGGAUAUGUCCAUACCAAUAUUUCUAUGGAAGCCUUGGAGUUUGUUUGGGAUUUUGAUUCUUUUUUGUUUGCGUCGUGAUACUGAUGUUUCUUUGAGCCUAAAAUAGUAUACACUGACUCUAGGCCUUAAACAUGCGUUUACUCGUUCACUUACGUCUUUAGUUUUGCUGCCAUUUAGUGAUUUUAUCAGAAGAGAACGGUUUUUGUUUGUAACAUUUGUUUGAGUUACCUUAGGUUUUGAGUUAAUUUGGUUUUUAUCAUGUUUUUUUAAAAUGGCACAAUUGGUUAUUUCCUAAACACGAACCCUGCCUUCUGAUAAUACUUUCUUGAUUAAGCUCGACAACUGUUUUAGUUAAAAGAUUUUCAUAGAAAUAUUUUAGAAACACGUCACUGAGUUUGUAUUUUGUCUCAUGUCUCAUAAAAGAAGUGUUUCUUGAUCAUAUGUUGGCUUUGAUUACCUCGAAGGUUUUUAAAAAUUUCACACUGUGACUGUGUUAGCUUAUGCAAUGUCUGUAAUGGUUUUGUCGAAGAUAAAAUGCAGCCAAAUUCGAAAACAGGUUUAUGCUUCUUGGCUACAUCGAAAAUAUGUCGUUGUCUCUGUCGUCAAACUAUGUUUGUCUCAACAGCAUGUAUGACAAAUCUAUUUGCACAAUUUUGUGGGCUGUACUUGUGAAACUUGUACAAAUAUCGUGCAUCACUAGUUACGAAUCACUGAAAACUACUCUCAAUAUUUUCAGUUACGUUUUCAGUCAAAGUUUAAUGGUUUUAUGAUAAGGUAUCAGUUGAAACACAUCUGCAGAACAAGGAACAAGGUGUUGCUGUAAAAGGUCAUGAGGUCAAAAUAUGAAACUUAGCGAAACGCCUAAACUUGCAGAGUUUAAGAGAUAGCUGUUAAAGAGGAAAAGUUACAAGAAUUUUAGCACUUUAACUGGAAGUUUAACUAAAGUAAACAAAACAGGCCACUGUUGUGCAACACAACAACGUAUGUCGAUUUGUUAGACAAAAGCAGGAUAAAACAUAUUUGAAAACAUUUGGUGGUGUAUGGAGUGAUUAAACGCAAACAUUACAUGUGUUUUUAUAUUGCUUGUAGUGGUUGAUCAUGACUUUCUAAGUUGGCUAAAACUAGUGCUAUAAGAUUUUACCAGAUAUGAUUCAGAAAGGAUAACCAUAACGGAGUAAUUUAUUAUCUAUUUUAUGAAUAGUAUGAUGUACUUAUCGACUAUCUUGGUUGUGUCUUUGGUUAAAUAACAAUUGAAUACUUGUUAUUCUCAUUUUUCGUGUUCCUCACUAAUUGUUUUACUGUCGGCUCAUCCUUUAAUAUGCUGUUAAAAGUUUUGUUUAUGUUUUCAGUUAUUCUUACAGUAUAUAGCCAAGCCAGAAUAUUAACUUUUCUUACUUGCCAGUGGGAGGUUGCUCGUGAGAUUCAACCAUAAGAUAAGAGAACAGUGGUACUAAUCUAGUUCAAGUACUGAUUAGCUAUCUUAGACAGUAUCAAAUGCCAAUUAUCUUCGACCAAACGACGGCUCGCUAAAUGUAAGAUAAUGGCCGAGAGUAACACUACACGAAUAUUGGUCUAGGAUGCAGUUUCUUACUCUCACCCAUCCGAUAGCUGGAGUAGAAAACAACUUAACAAGCAGAUAACGCCUAAUUAUAAAGUUAGUAACUCAUACAACAAUAUUUAGCAAACCCCUGGCCACAUCAACAAAGUUAGGAAAUUGAAAUAUGAGCACAAUGCGUCACAAGUGGAAGAGAACUGAAUAAUUGGUCCGUAAUAAAUUGACAAUAAUUUUGGAAAGGUAAAAUCCAGUACAAUUAUUUCUAAGUCAAACAAAAGCUCACGAAGAAAAAAAUACAAGAAUGUAGUAGCAUUUAAUGAUUAUAUGACGGAAACAUAAAUGAUAACUUAAGAUGAGACCGUUUCAAUAGUUCACCUUUGAUUUAUAUUUAUCACAAUAUAGUAGUUUCGCUAAAUGAAUAGGUGCUAACAAUUUUUGACGUAUAGUAAACACGAGUAGCAGAAUGUAACAUUUGUAGUCUACAAUUAAGUGAAAAUAACAUGACGUUCUUUCGAAAAUAAAAACGCAACCUCUUAAAAGUCCUUGAAUAAUUUAGAUCAUUAGACAAGACUUACAUUAUAUUUUCACUUAAAAACACCAACGAUUUGUAAUGGUAGUGAUUACGUUUAAAGCAACAAGAGUUAUUUAGUGUCUUUAAGGUUUAUAAACGUCGAUAAAUUUUUAAUUUUAUACCAUUCACAUAUAUCUACCAAGUAAAAGCUUUACUGUGAAAAAUGUUUACAGAAAGAAUGGAACCGAGCAGUGCUUGUUUUACACAGAGACCCGAAAAAUACCGUUAUCAUGGCUGAUUUACAAGAUACGGAAUAUGAGACUUUAGACCUACCUGAUACAAAAAUAAUCAUUCCAUUAAAUUCCUUCAAAGUUUGUCGAAAACAUAUUGUUUCUGGUCACGCAUCAAUAUCUAAUGAGAAUGGUCAUCCUAACCAGAAGCAUUCUUUGAACACUGUUAAAAAUGCCAUUCCAUGUAACCAAAUUCAUCUAAGUUCGCGAUUUUUAUUUGGUAAAAAGCAGUUGUGGCUGGGUUUUACAUCUCUGUUUGACCAAGAUAUAUGGUAUUCAUCUUUGAAAACUUUGGUUACAAAACACAGAAACAAAAAGAAUACUUUAAAUUGUCCCGAUUUACUACGAGCAUCUGCAUUAAGUUUAUCCCAAACAUCGGAGUUGGAUUUACUUGCUUCAGCCCUGCCAAAUAUCUUAGAUAAUGAAAUAUAUGAAAGUACUUCUGUUCAAGAUACAUUUUCUGUCUACAUAAUUCAUACAGAAAAAUCAAAAGAUUUAGGGUUGUCUGGUCGUUAUUUACUACGUAUAAAAGAAAAUGCAUUUGAACUACUUGAUCCGGACACAUAUUCAAUAGUAAAAGUAUGGCCGGUCAAAUAUGCGCGCAAAUUCGGUGUGUAUACCAAACGUUUUUAUUUAAUAACUGGAAGUGGAUGUGAAGAUGGUCGCGGAUUGUUCAUCUUUCUAAUAGAGCAUGCUGAUAAAUUUCAAUCAAGACUAUUUCGUCAAAUGAAACAAUUAACUAUGCAGUCUCAGUUAUCUAGACGUGUUACCGACUCUAGCAAAUGGAUAAUAGAUCAAGAGAUUAAAAAGGAAUCUAGUGAAUUUCACUUAAAUGAAACAAAUCAUUGUUGGUUUUCGUCAGAGCCUAGAAAAAAGAAAAAUAUUCUAACGUCUCUCAACUCAACUGAUCCGUUGUUGAAAACCAAACCACGUUCCAACUCUGUUAAUGAAUUUCUAUUGCAAAAUAUAGAAUCAAAUAAUUUACAUCAAAGGCAAAAUUCUUCAAAUAUGUUACCAAAAGAAAUCUCUGUCUCAUUAGCUUAUGAUAGCGAUGCAAAAUCUUCAUCAUCAUCAUGGAUAUUUCCAGAGGAAAACUUCAUAAUAACGUCUGGUAAAUGUUUUGCUGAACGUUCAUGUCAAACUAUAUUUGAAGUAAAUACAGCAGAGCAGUUAAAACAUUCUAGUAAUGUUAAUUCACCACGAGUAACUGUAGUAAAACAACAAAUACAAGAAAAAAACAUGAUUCAUAAUGAUUAUAGUUCUCAAGAAACAUUCAUUUCAGAAACACUGUGCGAACGUGAAGAUGAUAAUGUUUUUCUAGAAAAAGAAGAGGAAGAAGAUAAUUUAAGCGAAACUUCACAACCCGUUUAUGCUAAUGCUGAACAAAUCACCAAUACGAUGUUCAACACAAAAUAUUCCAAUAAUCAUAAUCAAAAAUUACUAACAAAUAGUGGAAGCAAUGAGGAUGAAACAACAGUGACAUCAUGCUCAAUGAAUGUGAACUCACCAGUGUCAGCAAUAAGCGAUACACCAUCUCUGUUAACGUCGUCAUCAUCUACUUUAAUAAAUAAACCAGUUAAUACUUCGUGUUCAUAUACAAAUAAUUGGAAACUUGGUUACUUAAUUGAACCAAUAAUGGAAAGAGAAGAACAAAACUCACAUAACUCAUCUAUAUCUGUUGGUAAUGAAGAAUGUAAUACAGCUUAUAAAGAAGAAUGUGAUGGUUUAGUCACUUCAUCAACACCAGAUAAUGAUAUAGAUAUAAAAAAGAUUAGCAAUACUUGUCUUAGUAAAUCACCAGCUGAUGAAUUAGAAAAUACAGAUGAAGAAAACGAUUCGGUUUGUGAAAAUGUUCAGUUAACAAAAGAAUUUCAAGACAUUUUAGAAGACGUAAAAUUUUAUCGAUUGGUUUCAAGAUCAGCUACUUGGGAUGGAUGGAUGAAAUUGAAGACAAAUACAAAACAAGAGGUUACGUCACAGAAAGUUAUUGUACAAACAGAUACCAACAUUGAAAAUGACAAUAUUACUACAAUUAUUACUAAUACUAACGAUCAUCACGACAGCCCUAAAGUGAAAGAUAAUUCACAUGUUGUUGUGAUGACAGCAUUUUGAAUUGAAUAACGGUGGUGUAAUUGGUAAUGAGUAAACUAACAGUUAUUUUCUUAUUAAUUUUACCCAUCAACUAUAUGUUGUUCAUUAUAAAAACAUACUUAUGAAAUGGAAGAUUUUUCAUUUCAUUGUAGGUACUCCCAUGUGAUUAACAGUUGUAUACAAAACGAAAAUAUUUUCCUGGGAAUUCAUUAGUGUAUGGUUUGAUUUAUAUUACUUUUUAUUUAAAAAACACCAAAAUUUUGUUGCGCACAAGAUUAUGAAAUUAAUGAUAAAUUCAAUGAAAGCUUGUUAAUAUGAUUAGGAUUUAUUAAAUGCAAAGUUAUAAUGAUCAAAAUCAAGUUAUAAUACAUAUUUCAUAACAUUUUUAUAAGAGAAUAUGAAAUGAGACUCUAGAUUCAAUGUAAUAUCUUCAAUCGUGAUCAUUUUUUUGUCAAUCAGAAUUAAUUCAGUGCUUUCUAUGGAGU